AUGAUAAAAACAAGUGGUUUUGGCAAUUAAUUUACAGACCAAUAUGAAGAUUAUGAAAGCAAAUUUACUGAAAUACCAUAUACUCCAAUUUAUAAAGAGUAUGAUGAAUAUAAAAAAGAGUUUUGCUAAUAUACAAAUAGAAAUCAUUCAUGGAAGACUGCUUUAUUUUAGCAAUAAAAUAUAUUGUUAGAUCUUCAUGAAAUGACAAAUGUUAAAUAUUUAGUUAUUGAUGAUUUUAAAUAUGGCUGUGAAAUGACCAUUUCACUUUCUGAGUUUAAAAGCGGACCUUAUAUACCCAUUUUUGAGAAAAAAUAUUUCUGCCGUUCUACUGAAAAAAGAAUUAAUCUAUCCAGCCUCCCUUGUAGAUAUAUUUAAAUUAAUGUCUCUAAAGGAGUUCAUGUGCAUAUUUAGAGUAUUAGAAUAAUUGGCAUUAAAUCAAAUGAAUUAGCUACAGAACUAGGUUUAGAUUUCUUCAAGGUCAUGGUAAGUGGGCCAUAAAGAAUUAUGUAUAAGUGA